AAUGGCGGCUCUCAGGCUGGCGCGCUCCGUGCUGCUGAGGCUUUGAGGUGGUCGCCCGGGGCCGGAGAGGGGACGAUUUCCCCGGCGCGGGGCCCCCAGAGAAUGAAUCGGGGGCUCUGCUGAGACGAGGCGGCGGGGCUGGAGAGCAGUGGCAGCAAAGGGCUGCGGUGGCGUCCACGCAGCGGGAUGUGCGAGAGUUACUCCAGGUCGUUGUUGAGGGUCUCGGUGGCGCAGAUCUGCCAGGCGCUGGGCUGGGACUCGGUGCAGCUCAGUGCCUGCCACCUCCUCACCGACGUCCUGCAGCGCUAUCUGCAGCAGCUGGGCCGAGGCUGCCAUCGCUACUCUGAACUCUAUGGCCGAACAGACCCCAUUUUGGAUGAUGUUGGUGAAGCUUUCCAACUUAUGGGGGUUAAUCUGCAUGAACUAGAGGACUAUAUUCAUAAUAUUGAACCUGUCACCUUCCCACAUCAAAUUCCUUCAUUUCCUGUUAGCAAGAACAAUGUCCUUCAGUUUCCUCAACCCGGAAGUAAAGAUGCAGAGGAAAGAAAAGACUACAUUCCCGAUUACCUGCCGCCCAUCGUGUCUUCUCAAGAAGAGGAAGAAGAGGAGCAGGUGCCCACUGAUGGGGGCACAUCAGCAGAAGCCAUGCAAGUGCCCUUGGAAGAAGAUGAUGAAAUGGAGGAGGAGGAAGUCAUCAAUGAUGAGAAUUUCUUGGGUAAGAGGCCACUGGACAGUCCUGAGGUGGAAGAAAUGCCCACCAUGAAGCGCCCACGACUCCUGAGCACCAAAGGAGAUUCCCUGGAUAUUCUGUUGGAAACACGAGAACCUCUUAGUUCAAUAAAUCCACAGAAGAUCCCACCAAUGCUUUCUCCUGUGCAUGUCCAGGAUAGUACAGAUCUGGCCCCUUCAUCACCAGAGCCCCCAAUGCUGGCUCCAUUUGCAAAGUCACAACUACCAAUUGCAAAGCCAUUAGAAACAAAGUCAUUUACACCAAAAACAAAGACUAAAGCUAGCUCUCCAGGACAGAAGACUAAAUCUCCCAAAACUACCCUAUCACCAGCACGGCUUGGAAGUCCUAUUCGGUCACCAAAAACCAUCCCCAAAGAAAAGAAAUCACCUGGACGAUCUAAGAGCCCCAAGAGUCCUAAGAGCCCCAAGAUUAUAACUCCUGUACCCCAACCCCCUGCCAGACCUGAAACGCCAAAUAGAACCCCUUCAGCUAUGGUGGUUGAAAAAACUGUUAAGGAAACCAUCCCUAUAAAGCUAACACAGACUCCCCCAGAAAUUGGGAAACUGAACAUUGAAAUGCAGCCGAAGAAGGCUGUGGUGACAGACAAAACCAUCGAUGAUUCCAUCGAUGCUGUGAUCGCACGCGCCUGUGCAGAGCGGGAGCCAGAUCCUUUUGAGUUUUCUUCUGGAUCGGAAUCUGAAGUAGACACUUUUACAAGUCCUAAGAGGAUUUCAGGUUCAGAGUGCACCACUCCAAAAGCUUCCACUUCUUCCAAUAACUUCACCAAGUCCGGGUCUACUCCUCUGCCUCUUUCUGGCGGAACUUCAAGUUCUGAUAACUCAUGGACAAUGGAUGCCUCGAUUGAUGAGGUGGUACGGAAAGCAAAGCUAGGAGCCCCUUCUAACAUGCCUCCGACCUUCUCGUAUAUCUCUUCUCCCUCCAUUUCUCCUCCUACUCCCGAACCUCUGCACAAAAGUUAUGAGGAGAAAGCCAAGCAACCUUCAUCUGUGGAUGUAAAGAAAAAGUUGAAAAAAGAACUGAAGACUAAGUUGAAAAAGAAAGAAAAGCAGAAAGAUAGGGAGAGAGAAAAGGAGAGGAACAAAGAAAGAAACAAAGAGAAGGAUAAAAUGAGAGAGAGGGAGAAGGAAAAGGAAGCCAAGGAGGUCAGGUACCCGUGGAAGGAGUUUAUGAAAGAUGAAGAUUCCGAUCCUUAUAAAUUUAAAAUCAGAGAAUUUGAAGACAUUGAUCCAAAAGUGCGAUUGAAAGAUGGGAUUGUGAGGAAGGAAAAAGAGAAGCAUAAGGACAAGAAGAAAGACCGAGAACGAGGCAAACGAGAUAAAGAGAAGAGAGAAAGGGAAAAGGUUAAAGAAAGAAGCAGAGAAGACAAGAUAAAGGCCCCUCCGAUGCAGCUGGUGUUACCCCCAAAAGAAAUGGCACUGCCUUUGUUCAGCCCUUCCGCUGCAGUGAGGGUCCCGCCAUCCAUGCUGCCUGCCUUGUCACCAAUGCUCCCAGAAAAACUGUUUGAGGAAAGGGAUAAGCCCAAGGAGAAAGAAAGAAAAAAGGACAAAAAGGAAAAGAAGAAGAAGAAAGAGAAGGAGAAGGAAAAGGAGAAGAAAGAGAGGGAGAGGGAGAAAGAGAAAAGGGAGAGAGAGAAGAGAGAGAAAGAGAAGGAGAAACACAAGCAUGAAAAAAUAAAAGUGGAGCCUAUCAUUCCACCCCCAAGUUCAGUUAUCCCCAGGUUGACUCUGCGAGUUGGUGCUGGCCAAGACAAGAUUGUCAUCAGCAAGGUGGUGCCAGCCCCCGAGGCUAAGCCAGCCCCUUCUCUGAACAGACCUAAAACCCCACCUCCAGUCCCAGUCCCUGUUCCUGUGCGUGUGAGCCCUACUCCUCUGCCACCACCACUCCUUGCCCAGGCUACAGUGUGCCCAGCCCUGAUGCCAUCCCCAGCCCCUGCCCUCUCUGGAUCAGGGAGUGCCAAAGCCCCAGUGCGGAGCGUGGUGACAGAGACAGUCAGCACUUACGUGAUCCGCGAUGAGUGGGGCAAUCAGAUCUGGAUCUGUCCAGGGUGCAACAAGCCUGAUGACGGAAGUCCUAUGAUCGGCUGUGACGGCUGUGACGACUGGUACCACUGGCCCUGUGUGGGAUUAAUGGCAGCUCCUCCGGAAGAGAUGCAGUGGUUCUGCUCCAAGUGUGCCAAGAUAAAGAAAGACAAGAAGCACAAGAAGAGGAAACACCGUGCGCACUGACGUCAGCAUGGGCAGGACUGCUGCCCCGUACUGGGUCCGGGCUGGGCCGGUUCUGCCAUUCUGUCUCCCCCAGGCCCUGUGGACAGCGCGUCCUGGUGGAACAAGGACAAGAAUAUACCAUCAUUCUGGACGCUCCUUCUGAAGCACAUGGACCUGAGCUCCCAGGGCAUGUGACUGAAGAAAAACUCUAGUAGAGGCGUGGCUGAGGGCUCGCACCGCCAUCUGCCUAUUACCAGUGACAAGUAUUAAUAAAGACACCACACAUCUACCCCCCCCCCAUUCCCUUUCUUCUCUCCAGAACCUUUUAUUACGGUGUUAGAUGAGAAGGUAGUGUACAAAUGCCUUGAUUGUAACUGAAGGAUGCAUCGUUAGCUAUAGUUCCAAGCCCUCUCUCCCUCACAGAGAUAAUCAUAAGGAAAGAACGCCCCAGUCAGAGGACUGGUAAAUAUUUUUGUGAUGAGAAUAUAUGAAAUUCCCCCACCUUACCCCACUUUUAUUACUAACAUGUAAAAUGUUCAGGCUUUUGUGAGAUACCUUAUAUUUUUUAAGAAAAAGGUUUCUAUCAUGUCCUGUUCGCCUCUGUGCAAAUUAUUUUCCUUUAGCCUAUUUUAUAACUUGGUUGUGUUUGAAUCCUGCUCUCUGUAACCUGCUGGAGCCUCUUCUCCCCACCGCGUGUACAUUCAUCAACUUGUAUAAAACUCUUGAUACUAAGAAAAAUGUCCCUUACUGUAAAUAAUAAAUAUUUAUGAAGUA